AAGAGGCUACGCUAAUGCAAAGGAGAUUGGAAUGACAAGUGGACUACACGUCUCGAAUGUUCAGAAAGUUAAGCUUACGUAGCAAGAAUCUUAUUGACUAAAAUGAUUAAAAUGAUACAGUACUGCUGAAGUAGGCUAGCUGGCAGUGGCUGCGUUGUUGACUUUGUAGGCUAGCUGGCAGUGGCUGCGUUGUUGACACUACACUAAUCAAGUCGUUCCGUUGAGUGUAAUGGUUUCCACCGUGCUGCUAUUCGGGGGCUAGCUGGCUAGCUAGCAGUGUUGAUUACGUUACGCUGCGUUAAAAGAACGACAAUAGCUGGCUAGCUAACCUAGAAAAUCGCUCUAGACUACACAAUUAUCUUUGAUACAAAGACGGCUAUGUAGCUAGCUAUGUAGCUAGCUACGAUCAAACAAACGAUCAAACAAAUCAAACCGUUGUACUGUAAUGAGAUGAAAUGAAAAUGUGAUACUACCUGUGGAGCGAAGCGUAAUGCGCCCGGGUUGUUGAGUGCGGAAGCUAGCAGUGUCUCCUACGUUAAGGACGACAAAUAGCUGGCUAGCUAACCUCGGUAAAUUAAGAUAAUCACUGUAAGACUACACACUCUAAACUACACAAUUAUCUUGGAUGCGAAGACAGCAAAGACAACUAUGUAGCUAGCUAACACUACACUACACUAAUCAAGUCGUUCAGUCGGUAGACGGUGGACGCUGGCUAGCAAACGUUUGCUAGCUGGCUAGCAAACGUUAGGGCGACGAAAUACGAUAAUUACGCAAUUAUCUUUGAUACAAAGACGGCUAUGUAGCUAGCUAAGAAGAAAUUGCUAAGAUUAGACAAAUCAAACCGUUGUACUAUAAUGAAAUGUAAUGAAAUGUAAUGAAAAGUUAUACUACCUGCAGACCGACGUGCGGAUGCGACCGCUCGCUCCAACCCGGAAGAUACAUAAGGUACAGCAAUGUUGAAAAUGUGAGGGGGUCUGAAUUCUUUCCAAAUGCACUGUACUUCUAUGGAUCAACCAACUAUCCAACAAUGGAGCCUUAUUCCAGGCCAACUGUACUGUCUGGCAUUCCUGCCCAUCCUCUCCUCCAUCCCUUCGCUGGAGCCGUUUGCCUGUAAAUUCUACAGCAGUGACUUCCAUGGAGGAAAAGGGAGGGCUGUGGGUGUCUACUGAGACAAUACAAGGAAGAGGAACGUGCCAACUGCACAGAAAAAGAGAUGAAAUGCACAGCUCAAUUCGCUACAGUACAAACUGAGAGUCAACCAGUCAUUCUUAACAUCUCAUGUACGUUUUUGGUCUUUCUUGUUUGAUCUCAGUUGUGUAAUUAUUCCGUUCACAGGCCAUCACUUAAAUAAAUCUACAAUUUUACAGAACAAACGACUACAAAGUCACAAAACAUGUUUGUCUACUUUAUUAACAGAUGCCCCUGUAGGUGUGAAGGUGAUGGUGGAUGAACAGCCAGUCAGUGAAGGUCAUAGUGUCAACCUGGAUUGUGUUGCUGACAGCAACCCCCAGCCAGGCAGGUAUAUCUGAAUCAGACGACAGGGAGGCCAAAGCAUCCAAAUGAAUUCAACUCAGGGCAAAAUGUCCUAUCCCAGUAACUCACUGGCCACUGACAUCCAGCAGCUGCCCCUUGACACAAAAUUCACAGCUGGACAAUUUCUGCCAUGGAUGCUGACUGCUCUGGCAGUUGUAAGUGUCUUUCUGUGGGGAGCUGUAAUGUUUGUACGGAGAAUACGUUGCAGAGAGAGACCAAAGGCCAGCUCUAAUCUCCCCACUUUGGAUAUCCCUCUAAGGUACUCUCAUUUUUGCAUCUGUAUUUUACAUACAACAAAUAAUAAUGUUCAAGCUCAUUGACAUUGAGAUGUUUUUGUCUUUAAGGCAACCUGUCCCUAAGGUACAGCAAUCCCCAAAAGUAACAUAGGAUAACCCUUUGAAGAACCCAUUUUGGUUCCUAGUAGUACUCUUUUGGUUCCAGGUAGAACCCUUUUGGGUUCCAGGUAGUGUCCUUUCUACAGAAGGUUCUAUAUAGAACCCAAAAGGAUUCUACCUGGAACCCCAAAUUUGACAUCUGCUCCUGCCACGCCCUCUACUGCUCAUCCGGUGUCUCCUUGACCUGCCUCCACUCCCCCAGUGCUCUUUCCUUUUCUGUGUGUGUGUGUGAUUGUGUGGGCAGAGACAGGUGUGCUGGAGUCAGAGCAGAUUCCCACCAGCUGCAACCCGUUCCAUAAUCAAGACCUCUACAAAUACUCAGCCCUGCCACUUCCACGCCGUCAGAUCGUAAUCUCUGCUCAUUCUGCCCACUCUGACUCUGGUCCCUGUCUCCAGUCCUACUUCUCGUCAGUCCUGCUACUCUGUCCUGGAUCCCCCACUCUACGGCUCCCUUGGAUUCCUCUCUGGAUCUGCUUACCCUGUCCCAACACGUCUCGCUCCAGCCUCGGCCUCCGCACCUGCUUUACUGCAACCUGCCUUAGCUCCCCCUGGCCUGCCCUCAAUCUUCCCCCUGUGUUUUAAUAGUCAAAGGGACACCUUAUGGUGACAGUUAUGCAAAACUUCAAUGAUUUAGGCCCAGUGAUGGCUGUUACACUUGGUUUAUUACACCGUUGCUUAUCUCAUUAUAUACAAACCACCCAUUCAUUGACUGCUUACUUGUUCUGAUAAAAUGAGCUAGAGAGAACAUUUGUUCAAGUUAAAUUAGGAGCAUGUAAUUAGAAAGAGGUGGACAGUCCUCCCCAACCAAGCUGAGGAGAGAAGUGACUUUAAUCUGCACAAAUAACUUUCCGUGAAGCCUGUGUAGCGGAUAGCCUUGGACUUUCCACCAUAUCCUCUGUUUGAUGAACUGUUGAUAGCUUGAAAGCCAUGGUGGUGAGGAGUGGGGUGAUUCUGUCUGUCUACAUCAUCACCUUCCUGAUUGGCCUGCCUGGCAACAUCCUGGCACUUUACGCCUUCAGCGUCAAGAUCCACAACAAACCCACUCCCACAGACAUCCUCCUGCUCAACCUGACUGUGUCCGACCUUAUCUUCCUGCUCUUCCUGCCCCUCAAGAUGCACGAGGCAGCCUCCGGCAUGGUCUGGACUCUCCCCAGGCUUCUCUGCAAUGUUACCUCUUUCGUCUUCUUCUCCACCAUCUACACCAGCUCCCUCCUGCUGAUGGUGGUCAGUGUUGACCGCUACCUGUGUGUGGCCUUCCCUGUCCAGUACAGGCUCCGCCGCAAGCCCUUGUACGGAGUGGUGAGCAGCCUGGUGGUAUGGGUCUUCAGCUUGGUCCACCUCUGCUUCAUCUAUAUCGUGGAGAACGAGACCUCAUCUGAUUUAUAUACCUGCUAUAACAACUUCACCCAGGAGCAGCUGAAGGUGGUGCUUCCCAUGCGCUUGGAGCUGUGUGUGGUUCUAUACAUCGUGCCACUGCUGGUCUGUGUGUUCUGCUACCUGAACUUCAUCCUCAUCCUCAAUAGGACCCCUAACCUUUGUGCAGAGAAAAGGAAGAGAGCCGUCGGAAUGGCUGUGGGGACCUUGCUUGUUUUUGUUGUCUGCUUCCUGCCCUAUAAUGUCACCCAUGUACAGGGGUUCAUCACCCAAGACAACGUGGAGUGGCGGCUCUACGCUCUGCUCCUGACCACGGUCAACACCGUCCUGGAUCCUGUGACGUUCUACUUCUCCUCCUCCAUGUUCCAGGCCACCAUGAAGAGGAUCCUGACUGGGAAGCGAAGGAACAGCACCCCUGGUGUCUUCAUGACAGCUCAAAACAACACUAGAGACAUAGAGGGACACAGUAACCCAGCCACAACUGAGGGAGGUUUGUCUGACAAGUGACAGAGCUUUUGAUGACAAUUGAAGACUUCCUAAUAUGGAUGCCAUAUUACGGGGCAGACAGUCACCAGUUCACAGCCAAUGAUAUAGGCAAGAGAGACACCUGCCAGCAGCAUACCUGCCAGCAGAAUACCAACCUACAUCCCACUGCUCACUUAACUAUGAAGCUAAGCAGGGUUGGUCCUAGUUGGUCCCUGGACACAUACAACCACAUGGACACAUACAGUAACAAUUAGUGGUUUGUUGCUACAGUACUCGUCAAGUGUUAGCAAAAUGCUAAUACACAUAUGAUGUUACAUCAACCUUGGGCACAUGGAAAAAUAAAUGUUUGGAUUCUGUUAUCAUUUACAUGACUGUUCUCUUGGGAAGUCAAUGUCUGUUUCCACACUAUUUACAAAAUCGAUAUUAAAAUUAGACAUUGGUAUUUCCCUCCCUCCUACACAUAUGUAAUAUCAGAUGUAAGCACAGCAAUGUUUUGCAUUUUAGUUAAUCGUUACCAUGCACUCUCACCUCCUUAUGUUUGCACUGUUCAAUAAGUCUGCUGUGCACUCAAACAGGUCUGCUUGACUGCUAGAUAUGCUCGAACAUGUAAAUGGAACAUUCUGCUGUUUUGACCAAAGUAACGACCUUCUUGGGAAGCUUGAAUACACAUGGCUGAGCUCUCCAAUUCCUGAUUAAAAGUAAAUACACAUCCACAGCCAGGUAGGUUAUGACCAUUUGGAAUUAAGAAUGUGUUAUCCUUCUCCCUUUAAGGUUUUCACUGUUGAGCUGCAAGUGUACUGUGGGGAGAAUGUAGCUAUAAGGACAUUGUGAUUCAUUCAUUGGUAAUAAGGAGUUGGCUGAGAUAUUGUAACAAAAAUACAUUGAUCAUUGAAAACG